AUGGCUUCGAAAAAAAUAGAUUGUGUGUCAGUGUCAAACCAACUGCAUGUGAUACUGUCAAACGUGCUAUUCUUAAUUUCUCGCGUAUUCUUCUUUCCGGAUUCGUGUUUAAUUAAAAAUGUUUAUUGGAAUUCAUUAAUUCUACUCACAUCACAAUUGGCAGAGACAAUGACUAAAGGGCAGAGCAUCACAGACUCAGAAAUAGGAUCGGAGAUAAGGACUGAUAGAGUGAAUAAAUUGGGGGCAAUACUUUGUCCCACUGUCUGCGCUCUUCUUCUAGUGUGCAUAUUCGCUGUCUCAUUCAUCGGCACGAAACUUGCUUAUGAACAAUAUGACACGUUCUGUACCGGGAGCCGUCGGUUCGAUGUCGGCAAGUUGUAUAUCUUCCCAAAUUUUACCAUAACGUUCAAAGCUGUUACCGCAUCCGUAAUUGCCCAGUGA